GCCACCCAUGUGAUGACGUCACGGGGCUCUGACAAGCUGGUGGUGCCGGAAGAAAAGAUGGCGGAUCAUGAGGAGCAGCUAUCCGACGAGGAAAAGGUACGCAUAGCAGCUAACUUUGUCAUCCAUGCCCCGCCAGGAGAGUUCAACGAAGUUUUCAAUGAUGUGCGAUUGCUGCUCAACAAUGACAAUCUUCUCAGGGAAGGUGCAGCGCAUGCAUUUGCACAGUACAACUUGGACCAGUUUACCCCGGUGAAAGUCGAUGGCUAUGAAGAACAAGUCUUAAUCACAGAGCAUGGUGACCUUGGGAACGGCCGGGUCCUGGACCCCAAAAACAAGAUCUCCUUCAAGUUCGACCACCUGAGGAAGGAGGCCAGCGACCCACGGCCCCAUGACGUUGACAGCUCCCUGGAGGGCUGGAGGAGCGCUGUGGACUCUGCCGUCAGGGCCUACGUCAAGGAGCACUAUCCCAAUGGAGUCUGCACCAUUUACGGGAAAACCAUCGACGGACAUCAAACUGUCAUCGUGUGCAUCGAGUGCCAUCAGUUUCAACCAAAAAACUUCUGGAAUGGACGCUGGAGGUCAGAAUGGAAAUUUACUGUCUCCCCCUCCACCACUCAAGUGGCAGGAAUCAUGAAAAUCCAGGUUCAUUACUAUGAAGAUGGCAACGUUCAGCUGGUGAGCCACAAAGAGGUCCAGGAGUCCAUGUCAAUUGAUAAUGAGGCUACAACUGCAAAGGUGUUUGUUAAGCUCAUGGAGACUGCAGAAAAUGACUAUCAGACGGCCAUCAACGAGAAUUACCAGACCAUGUCGGACACUACCUUCAAAGCCUUACGCCGCCAGCUUCCUGUGACACGCACCAAGAUCGAUUGGAACAAGAUCCUGAGCUACAAGAUUGGCAAGGAGAUGCAGAAUGCUUAAAAAACAACUGAGAACAUAACAGACAACUCCCCCACCCCUUCCCAAACAACAUGCAUGACUGGAUAGUUGUAUCGUCUUUGUACAGAAAUUAGAGAAACGGGACAAAGAAAGGUUUGGUCUCACAGCCAGAUGGCACAUUACACAUUGAUGUUAUAUUGUUUUUAUACAGACACUGUUAACUUCUCUGUAUAUUGACUCUGUGGUGAUAAAGAUAAUCAUAUUUGGGAAAAUAUAACUUGACAUAGGAAAGGGGGUGGACACUUGUAUGCAAAAAUAUCCUUAUAAAAUACAAUAUCACGUGUGCAAUAUUUAUUGUGUCAGUGAGACCACGCCUUUCAUUUGACCCGCUGAAAAACACGGUUUGAAUUUGCGACGGUGAAACAAAUCAUUAUUUGGCUCAGACCUUUGGCUGAAAAGAAUGACUCCCCUCACUUCACGGUUAAUGUCCCAUACGGUCAACGGAAAAAAAAAGUUAUUUGUGUUCAUUGACUGGUAUCUCUGGCACAAGCUGUCACCACUGUCAGCCGCUCAAUGUUCUUGUCCUCUCAUUUUGGUACUUCCCCCACCGUUUGUCCUGUGUGUGAGAUCUGAAGCUCGCAGCUCUCCUGGCUAAAUUGCCUUUUUGACUUGACAUUGUCUGAACUCUCACUCAGCGCAGAGACCACUUAACAAGCUUAAUUAACAAGUCAUCAAUCGCUAAGUAAUGUGCAUAAUGUCCAAUUUACAAUAAAAUUAGAACGUAUCACUUUCUCCUCCAGUACUUAUUUUUAUUAAAAGCAGAACCUGACUGUAUUAUAUAUAACAAGGCACAUUGUAAUAUAUACCUGUAUGAAACAUCCUGUCUGUCAGUUUGGUGAUUUAUUUCCAUGAGAUUAAUUGUAAUUCAGUCACAAUUAUGUUGCAUUAAAUGACAAAUUUUCUA